AUGGGGCAAGCUUUGGGUUGUGUUCAAGUGGAUCAAUCCACAGUUGCUAUAAAGGAAAAUUAUGGGAAGUAUGAAGAUGUUGUUGGUCCAGGUUGUCACUUCAUGCCAUGGUGUUUUGGAAGCCAAUUAGCUGGUUAUUUUUCUCUCAGAGUACAGCAACUUGACAUUCGCUGUGAAUCCAAGACUAAGAAUAAUGUUUUUCUGACUCUGGUUGCUUCAAUCCAGUACAGAGCCUUGGCAAAUGAGGCAGCAGAUGCCUUCUAUAAGCUAAGUAACACAAAAGAGCAGAUUAAAGCAUAUGUCUUUGAUGUUAUUAGGGCAACUGUGCCAACAUUGGAACUGGAUAAUGUUUUUGAACACAAAACCGAGAUAGCCAAAACAGUGGCGAAGCAACUCGCAAAGGCAAUGUCUCUUUAUGGAUAUGAGAUAGUUCAGACUCUUAUUGUAGAUGUUGAACUAGAUGAUCACGUGAAAAGUUCAAUGAAUGAGAUUAAUGCAGCUUCAAGAUUGAGAGAAGCUGCAUACGAGAAGGCAGAAGGAGAGAAGAUUCUGCAGAUAAAGCAAGCAGAGGCUGAAGCAGAAUCAAAGUAUUUAGCAGGGCUUGGCAUUGCUCGUCAACGUCAAGCUAUUGUCGAAGGGCUCAAAGAAAGUGUACUCGGUUUCUCAAAUAGUGUUCCAGGUGCAUCAUCCAAGGAUAUCAUGGAUAUGAUUUUGAUUACCCAAUACUUUGACACAAUGAAGGAGAUAAGUGCCUCUUCUAAUUCAUCUACUGUCUUCAUUCCUCAUAAGCCAGAGGAUGAGACUUUCAGAGCAGAUGUAAAUGAACAGUUUGCUUCAAGGAAAAACAUCUAGGCUACGAUGCAGAGUUGAUGGUUUCUUUUUGUACAUCUAAACUUGGAAGAUUAGGAAUCAUCCAACUGCCUUGAAAUUUCUGCAAGGAAGACAAAGGAUAGCUAUUGAAGAGAGAGGGUAUUUUCCAAAUCACCUUCUCCAUGUAUUGUGUUAGAAAAGGAAAGGUGGGAGAACUAAUUGUGUGCACAUUCUCCAGCUACACAUAGCAGGCUAUUUUCUUAAACACUUGUACAAAGUAUUUGAUAAUUUCAAGGAGGGUGUGGAAAAUAGGUGCACUUGAGAAGUAUAUGAACAACCUGGGAUUUUACUUCAUUUUCUUGAAGUGAUGUUGGUAUAGAGAGGAGCUGGGGGCACUGGCAGAAUAUAUGCACUAUAUUAUAUACUUCAGUGAUCAGUGAGCUCUUUUAUGCAAUUGUAGCCAAGUGGGCAUCGUAGAUGUAAACUUUAUUGAUUAGUUGAUUUUCCACCAACCAAGACUAACAAAGCUAACAGGCAUCCACAAUAGAUGCAGUGUGCUUCACAAGAUCUCCUUUAAUAGCAACCAUAUAUGUCAGUGAUCUCGCUCAGUAGAUGGCCAAGCAACUAGCACCAAUCAAAAAGGUCUCAGUCUAAAACUUCCUUUCCUGAUAAGGACUAAGAAAAGAAGAGCUCUUACUGGAGAGCUCCUCUGUGCCAUCACUGAACUCCAACAACAUAAGGGAAAACUGUUCAUACCAUUAAAUAAUGAACAAAUAAAGAUUAAUCAAUUGCAUGAAUGAUGAAGCCAAGUUAAGUCAAAAACCAGUCCCUCAAUCGACAUUUGAGAUGGAUAUAAGCAAAAAUUCAUGAGUUUGCAUUACCAGUUGAAGGUUAAUCUUACUGGUGCAGAAGGACAAUGUGCUGAAACAAGUCUAUCUAAUUUAUUACUCUGGACC